CCUUUUUCCUCCCCUGUCACUCUCAUUGAGCGCUAAGUGAGAAACACCAUCUUCUUCCCCGACUCGCCACACAACACGGGCUUUUUUUUUUUAGGCUGCGGGAAGAGAGAGCGUUCAGUAAUAAUAUUUUAGAUUUUUCACAACAGGGAUAAAAAGAAAAGAAAGUCAGCGUUUUUGUUUUCGCAAAAAAAAAAGUGAAGAGGCACAAGAGGAAAUCUGUCUGAUUUGUAAAGGUCUACCUGCAAGGACAUGGACGUCUUUAUGAAUAAGGACUUCGGUUUGACUGGAAACGCUACUCAAGAUACAGGAGGACCAGAAGGCAACAAAGGCCAAGGACUCAAUCACAGCAACCCACUGGACAUGUUUGUUGGGAUGGAGCUUCUUCAGCGGUUCAAACCUCUUUUUUUGCCUCUCUACUGCCUUGUGGUGGUUGUGGCCGGUGUUGGAAACUCAUUUUUGUUGGCCUGCAUUUUGGCAGACAAGAAACUCCACAACGCCACCAACUUCUUCAUUGGUAAUUUAGCGGCUGGCGACCUGCUGAUGUGUUUAAGUUGUGUCCCUCUGACUGUGUCUUACGCCUUCGACAGCCAUGGCUGGGCUUUUGGACAACCUCUCUGCCACUUGGUGCCCUUGCUGCAGUGUGCCACGGUGUUUGCCUCAGUGCUUUCACUCACAGCCAUUGCUGUUGAUCGCUACAUUGUUGUAGCUCACCCGGUAAGGAAAAGAAUUUCUGCCUGGGGCUGCGGCGCAGUGACUCUGGGCGUCUGGCUUUUGUCUCUGGCCUUGGCUGCACCUCCGUCUUUUUACACACGCUACCUGGACCUCCGCCCCAGCGGGAUCGACUUGGUGGUGUGUGAGGAAUUCUGGCCCGACAGCGGCAAUCUGCGGUUGUUGUACUCCUGCUUCAUCCUGACGACCUCCUACAUGAUCCCGCUGCUGUCCGUCAGCAUCUCCUACUGCGCCAUCACUGUUAGCCUUAAGCGCUACUCGGUUCCUGGGGAGCCAUCUGGCAGUCAACAGCGCUGGAGUCAAAGAAGAAAAAAGACCUUUACUCUGUUGGUGGCCUCAGUGCUCGCAUUUGCACUGUGCUGGCUGCCUCUGCAGGUGCUGAACCUUUUGCUGGACUUGGACCCAGAGUUCCUCAUCAUUGGGAAACGCUACAUAAACGUCCUGCAAGUUUGCUGCCAUUUAGUGGCUAUGAGCUCGGCGUGUUACAACCCCUUCAUCUACGCCUCCCUGCACAGCAAGGUGCGCAUGCAUCUCAAAGGCUACCUCUGUCCUUGCCGCAGUCGUCGAGGGGAAAUGGUUGAGAGGGCGCCCUCCAGGAGCGGAGUGUUUGAUGCGACUUCAGUAACGGCUCCUGUCAUGCAAAGCCACACGAUUAAUCCCAACAUUUAAAUUGAUGUUCAGAAAUAUGAGAAAAUGCCAAAACACAGGCUCGGUGUUCGUUUAAACCAUUUUCCUCUCAUGGCUUUUCAGCUUUUUUCAUUAACUUCAAGCCGUUCAGUCCUGUUUUGUGUCUCGCUACAGAUACCACAGACAGGCAAUGAUUUAUACCAGGGUGUAUGAUGUCAAGCAUGAUGACGACGUGCAAGACAUCCUUUUGGAUAUCUGUGUUUUUCUUGAAUGGCGAAGCUGGUGGCCUCGACAUUAAGCUGACUGAAGCUUCAGAAAGCUCAGCAGAGGCAUGAACCAGCCCUGAGGCUGGAGAAACGUGCUGAAGACUGAGACUCUGACCAAUGGUUAAAAGACUUCAGAGAGCCGGCUGAACAAUGAAUCCUUCACACCAGAUGUGGAGUACAAGCCAAGAAGAGGAAAAGUGCAAAUGAAGUAUAUUUCUUUUAUUAUACACAUGGCAAAUGUGUGUGUGUUUUUUUCUUUUUUGUUUCUGCCUCGCUUGCCUUAUAACUCACCUUGAUUUAGUGAUGAAAUGUGCAUUAACUGGCUCGUUUUAUUUUGUGGUUUAUAUGGUUGUGCUAUUAUUUUAGAUGAUUUGACUUCACAGUGACAUCUUUUCAAUUUAGAAAUAUUUGUUUUUGUAAAUAGUAUGCAUUUCCAGGUUCCGAGGAAAAUGGGUAGAAACAAACAGAAAAAAA